AUGCCCAAAUGUGAAUUCAAUGCACGCUGGGAAGCUUGCAUUAAAAAGUCAAUGCUAUUACGUACGUUGGAAGAACAUCGACGUACUUUAGGUGAACCUGAAUUGACAGUUCAACAGCGAAAAUUACUUUGGGCGUAUGGAGAGCCAAGAGAUAUGAAAGAGUAA